AUGGGGCAUGAGUGGGUUUGGUUGGAUUCUGUACAAGACUAUCCCAAUGACUCUGAGUUGAGCAACUACUACAGGUCCCUCUUCAGCUCAUGGGACUCCAGUCUGGAUCUUGAUGUGGGCAGCUGGAGGGAAACUGAGGAUCCAGGGGCUGAGGAACUAGAAGAAAGCAGCCCAAGGAGAGAACCUAGUGAGCUGCUUGCGGGGGAUGAAGGCAGUGAGGAAUCUCAGAGAGAGGCUGAGCAAGUGAACCGCCAGAACCUCCUCCACUUUCUUUCUGAGGAGCAGGCUCAACAAGAAUCCAAAGAGGAGGACCAGGGUGAAGGGUAUGUGUCAGAGACGGAAGAGUCCCCUUCAGGUGAGUGUGAUGAUGGCUUCAGCAUUCAAGAGACUCCCCUGGUGGAUAUCCUUUUCAGCCAUGCAACCUCCUCAAAGCUGACUGGUCUAAGCCAAGAUGACCCUCUUCAGGAUCAUUUGCUGUUUAAGAAGACUGUUAUGCCAGUUUGGAAGAUGAUUGCUAGUCACAGAUUCAGCAGUCCAUUUCUGAAGCCUGUGUCAGAAAGGCAGGCCCCAGGAUACAAGGAUGUGGUAAAAAGACCCAUGGACUUAACUAGUCUGAAGAGAAAUCUGUCUAAGGGACGAAUUCGCACCUUGGCUCAGUUCCAGCGGGACCUGAUGCUGAUGUUCCAAAAUGCUGUGAUGUACAAUGAUUCUGAUCAUCAUGUGUACCAUAUGGCUGUGGAGAUGCAGCGAGAAGUCUUGGAGCAGAUUCAGGUGCUGAGUAUCUGGUUAGACAAAAGGAGACUUAAGUAGUCUGGAGUGAGAACCAGCCAAUCCAGUGGG